AUGACCCACUUCAACAAGGGCCCGUCCUACGGGCUCUCGGCCGAGGUCAAGAACAAGAUCGCGUCCAAGUACGACCCGCAGGCGGAGGAGGACCUGCGCGGCUGGAUCGAGGAGGUGACGGGCAUGAGCAUCGGCACCAGCUUCCAGCUGGGCCUCAAGGACGGCAUCAUCCUCUGCGAGCUCAUCAACAAGCUCCAGCCGGGCUCCGUGAAGAAGGUCAACGAGUCCUCGCUGAACUGGCCGCAGUUGGAGAACAUCGGCAACUUCAUCAAGGCCAUCCAGGCGUACGGCAUGAAGCCCCAUGACAUCUUCGAGGCCAACGACCUGUUUGAGAACGGGAACAUGACGCAGGUGCAGACCACGCUGGUGGCGCUGGCCGGCCUGGCCAAGACCAAAGGCUUCCACACCACCAUCGACAUCGGCGUGAAGUACGCCGAGAAGCAGACGCGGCGCUUCGACGAGGGCAAGCUGAAGGCCGGCCAGAGCGUCAUCGGGCUGCAGAUGGGGACCAACAAGUGCGCCAGCCAGGCGGGCAUGACCGCCUACGGGACCAGGAGGCACCUGUACGACCCCAAAAUGCAGACGGACAAGCCCUUCGACCAGACCACCAUCAGCCUGCAGAUGGGCACCAACAAGGGGGCCAGCCAGGCGGGCAUGCUGGCGCCGGGCACCCGGAGGGACAUCUACGACCAGAAGCUCACGCUGCAGCCCGUGGACAGCUCCACCAUCUCGCUGCAGAUGGGCACCAACAAGGUGGCCUCGCAGAAGGGCAUGAGCGUGUACGGGCUCGGGCGGCAGGUCUACGACCCCAAGUACUGCGCCGCGCCCACCGAGCCCGUCCUCCGCAACGGCAGCCAGGGCACCGGCACCAACGGCUCCGAGGUCAGCGACAGCGACUCGCAGGCCGAGUACCCCGACGAGUGCCCCGGCGGCUACGGCGGCGGCUACGGCGAGGACGACGCCCGCGAGUACCCGUACGGCGACCCCGGCCUGGAUUACUAG